AUGGAUUCCUGGCAACCAUUUAUUCCUUUAUCGUCCAAAAGUUAUAGUAAAUAUGGUCGCAUCAUUUUAGCAGUGGUAUUUGUGCUCAGUGCGAUUUUGAUCGGGGUCGGGUACGAUUUGAACGAGAAAGCAAAUUUUCGUUGCAAUCCUAACACUACUAUCGCUGCAGAUUUAACGGCAAAGAAUUUUGUGGAGACGAAUUGUUAUAUCAACUAUGAGAAGAAACAUCAUCGUUCGCUGCCCGUAAGUAGUUUCGUUGUUAUAAAUUUUGGUCUUAUACUUGUCAUGUCUGUUGUUUACGCUGGCAUUGCGAAUUCUAAGGUGGAAAAAUUUGACACGAAAUCUAGUGAAAAUAUAUAUGAAUCCUGGCAGCUAGAGAGUUCGCGUGAUGCAAGAAUAUUUGUGUUUCCUUUGUACAUAGUACAUUUACUCCUUGGUCGUGUGAUUCCUCUUGUCUUGUUCAUUCUACUGAUCCACCCAGCUAAUUUCCCGGUACAAUUUCAGUGUCCAUGGCCCCCAGAAACAUCUCAACUGUCAACUGCAACAAAUCAUAACGAACGAUCUCGGAACCUUACCAAUGUAGAAUGUGUAAACCCACUAGGAGACAAGUUUGAGACUUUGGCUACUUCAGUUUUGUGUAUCGAUUGUUUUAUUGCUACCCUUGCCAUAAUAGAAGUUGUUUAUCUGCUGAAUUGGUACCGUCAUGAUAGCGAUUUUGGAAGCGAUAUUGAAUUUUGUUGCAUGUAUUUACUCGAAAAACGGGACUUGACGAUCCAGCAAAUUUUAAAACGAAUUCGAAAGACAAUAAGAGAAGAUGAAUGCUUUCUAAAUGUAAAUUUCGGAUCUGAUCGAAGACUCCAAUUUCGAGGUAUGCAUGUGCUAGGUGAUUUGAAAUUUCAGUUUUUGAUUCAUGAAGAAAUCGAAAGCAAACGGUUUCAAAGGCACGAGAUUUAUAAUGUGUAUUUAGAGCACGGAGAUCGAGAUUUGGUAAAGAAUCGUUUGGUUCAUUUGUUUCCAUCCGAAAACACUAACCCCUACUCCACUACCAACAGUAAUACCGCUACCAACGAUAAGAUCAGCAAUCCUGAUACCCUCAAAACUUAUGAUAAAAUUCUCAUCAUAGGCCGCGCUGGAAUUGGCAAAACCACUGUUGCAAAAGCUAUCUUAUACAGAUGGGCUAAAAGUAAAUUAUUAGAAGACAAAGUCGUAAUCUUUCUCAGAUUUCGAAGCUUUAGAAAAAAUAAAACAACCAUUCUGAAAAAGAUGUUGCGCCAAGGAAAGGGAAUACCAUCUGGUUCAAAUUUCGAAGAACUUUACAAGUUCAUUUUAGCCAAUCCGAAGAAAAUUGUGCUAAUCUUUGACGGUUUGGAAGACAUUGAACUUGAUAGUAAAAGUUUUCUGCAAGAGCAGGACGAAGAAACGACCGAUGAUGACCACGAAGAACCCAUGUCCAUGUUUACAAUUUAUAUAAAACUACUGAAAGAUAAAUUGCUUCCCGGAGCUAAAAUAAUAACAACAUCGAGGCGUGAUAAUGCAGAAUAUAUCUGUAACUAUUUUAAGAUACAAUUCCAAAGAAGGUUGGAGCUGCUAGGCUUCUCUAAACAUGAUAUUAAAGAAUACGCAAAGGGCUUCUGUCAAUCCAAAACGGACGUGUGUGCUCAGAUUUGGACAACCAUUAAAAACAAUCCAGAAUUCUUGAAUUUAUGCUAUAUACCUGAAGUCUGUGACCUUGUGUGCCUAACUUUAAAGGAAUGUUUCGACUGUCCGAAGCCUGGCAGAGAUAUUGCAAGUUUAAUUCCAAAAACGAUAACUGAGUUAUAUCAAAGAGCUACUAGAGUUAUUAUUUGGGAAACGCAAAAGUACAAGAGGCCAUUUGGAUUAUUUGGUACCACAGUUUACUUGACAUCCAAAUUACCAUCGUCGCCAGAAAAUUUUAUGAAAACCUUGAAAAGGCUAGCUAAAUUCAAAUUGGAAUCCAGCGAAAAGAGUUUUCAACUCGAAGCUGAAGAUGUUUCCCAAAAUAUUAUAAGCUGUGGUUUGCUUACUCCGUUGCCAGAUGGGUAUUAUAGUUUCAUCCACAUAACCAUGCAAGAAUUUCUUGCUGCCUGCCACAUUGUUGACGAAAUGAAAGAUAUCAGUGAUGUCACGUCAUUUCUUAGUUCUCUGAAGGAUUACCUGGAAAAAUCGAAUUGGCAUCUGGUUGUGCAAUUUGUUGCUGGUUUGCUGGGAGAGAAAAUUAGAACGAAGGAAAUAGAUGUGCCAAAGGAUAGCAUUAGCAGAAGGUACGCAAUUUUCAAUCCUAAUAACUACAUACAUGAAAAAAUUACUCGAUUCUGAUUAGCUAAGAAUGUGCGAUUUCUGCGGCGCAAAUUAACAAAACAAGAGCAGAGCCUGGAAACAAGGCAGCAGAUGUCAGCACUGCAUGUAAGCAGUUUUUACAAUGUAUAAAGCUGAUAAUGUAACUUGAUUACAAGGAGCACAUUGGCUGAAAAAGUUAGCUAACAAGCAAUGAAAACAAUGCACGGUUAAUUAUUAAACGGCGUAGGUGAGAACGCAUGCAGGUAUUAUUACUAGUAAUAAUCUUAGAUUAGUGAAGUGCGUUCGGUCACAGAGGUUCGGUGUAGAGUAGACGUUGUCCAAAAUGUUAUUAUUGCACCAUAGGGUAGUUAUCAAAAGUGGGCCGGAUGCCAUCAUUUGGAAACAACUGAUUUUUUAUUGCAUCUACUUCUCUUUACUGUUUUUCACAGGCUGGCAUAAGCUAUUUAUUUCUGUUGUCACAUUGUACAUUAACUUUGUCUUCAAUGUUAUCACUGGAAGGGCCUACUGUAAAUCAGGCGAUAUUAUUUCAUGUGUCCAAAUAUCUACUUGCAUCUACUUCUCUUUUACUGUUUUUCACAGGCUGGCAGGCACAUAAAGCUAUUCAUUUCUGUUGUCACACUGUACAUUAACUUUGUCUUCAAUGUUAUCACUGGAAGGGCCUACUGUAAAUCAGGCGAUAUUACUUCAUGUGUCCAAAUAUCAUUUUCAUACUCAACUGUCAUAUCAGAUGGAACACUACCAAUAGGGAGUGAUUCUACGGCAAUGUUGAUUGAUAGUCACAUUACUAUAAUGUAGAUUAUUUCUCAAAAGCCCUAGCAUUUAUAUAGCAUUAAUGCAUGUUGCACUUUUUCUUACUUCUGACCUUAAUAUCCUUAAAUGUGUUAUCUUUACCCUUUAUCUUAACUAUAAUAAUAGACCCUGGGAUGACGUGGCAAAACUGAUGCAAGCUCUUCAACAUGUUGCUCAAGGCAAAUUAAUGCAAUGCCCUGAAUACCCCCAUUUGCCUGCCUGGUUUAUGAUAUAAACCCUAAUUAUAGGCGAGCUCGAGGUAUGAGCAUUUCUUCAGUUUGAGUUUAUAGGCCUUGCAACUCAACUAAAUAGAAUUUUGUGCCCCUGGUGUGGUGUAAAGGGUUUACAAUGUUUGCAUUAGCAUUUGGACUGGAAUCAGUAAUAUGAAUAGUGCAGCUUAAAGCAUUUGCUCCUGCUUGAUAAUGAUACCAUGUUCCAGGUUGUGACAUUUCUUCAACAUAAUUUUCCCAUAAAAUAUUUUCAAUUUAUUAUACAGUAUAGUAGAGAGUAAGAUACAAAAAAAUACACAGUGAGAUAUUUCCCAUAUCUUCACUAGUGAAGAUACCCAUAUCUUCACUAGUGAAGAUAUCGAUCACGUGACUUAGUAUUUAUACAUUUUUUUGCUUGGGACUAUAUAAUAAACAGAACAUUACACGGUGGCUUGAAGAUACAACUUUUAUCCUCUCGUGUUAAAAACAAUAUUUUACUCACUCGCUGCACUCGUUCGUAACUCGUUCAUAAAAUAUUGUUUUCACCGCUCAAAGAUAAAAGUCAUAUCGUCAUGUCGCCGUGUAAUAUCCUCUAUUUAGAACUCAGGAUUAUGCAUUAAAUGUGUAAUGCCUGCACUACGAAUAUCAAGAUGGCAAAUUAGGAUUUUUAUAAAGACCAUGUCCUGAGGAUGCAAAAAAGCAGUCACCAGGUGAACUUUCACAGUUAUAUGGCACUAUAUUCACUAUAAGCGAACAAAAUAUUCCAAUGCAAGUUGCUGUUAUUAUUUGCUGAAUACAAGCGGGAUGGCCCGGUUGCCGAUAUCUCACUUGAAAGAGGUGAGAUCUCGCAUACCGGGAUGGAAAUUUCUCCAUAUAAUACUCAUAAGCAGGCUAGCCCGGUUCCAGGGAUGAAAAUUCAAAGAUACCGCCACAAGCUAUUUUUAACAACUGUCAAAACAAUAAAAUUGUUAACACAAGAGAAAUAGAAAUUCAUCCCGCUUACCAGGCUGUCUCACUAAGCGGGCCAACCCAGCUUCCAUAUAAACACAAAGGUUAAUGGUUCCAACUGACUAAUUUAUAAAAGCAUCAGAAAUUUCAUUGGUAGCACGGGUCAAACAUGGCAAGAAAUGUUCAUGAAAAAUACAGCUGAAUUCGUCAGUAAAACUUCGCUCUGCUUGUCUAUGAAUAUUAUGAUUACUGAUUAGGUUCAUUGUGUCAACAAAAUUACUGGGAUUUGUAUAUUUGUAUGUCCACCUAGUAUACUAUAGCCAAACUGGGAUUUGUGUAUUUAUUUGUCAAUUGUCAUGCUUAAUUAAAACUCGUAUUUUUCAACACAGCUCUGCAAAUUAAAAUGCUUAACAACGUUUACUUCAUCAACAUUCAAUGACCAAAGAGAAUAUACUGGACAUGCAUCCAAACCCUUUAUUAAGCAGAGCGAACUCAAGUUAAAUCUGUGAACUGUAGCUGACAAUUUAAAAAGAUAGCAAAUUGAAAUGUCGGAUUGCCAGUCGAUAAAACACCACAAGACAAAUUCUUGAUGCUUUGGCAAGUACCUUUGAUAAGUGUAAUAAAAAUAACACAACACCACCGAUUACCUUACAUUAAACCGCAGGAAAAACCCCAAAACAACAGCUAAAAUCUCCUUCUGUCUUCGCAAAAUAUGGAAAGCACAUGGGAACACAAAGACGCCGCACGAAACCGGAAACCGAGGCAAAUGCCAUGAACACGAAAGCGAGGCAAAUGUUACAUCCAAAAAAUCUCAAAAGGACACAGCAUCCAGCCGUGACGUCACGAUUAGGAAGCGUUCUCCUUCGUCGAACGCAAUUAGAAGCGUGUAUUUUUUCGUGUAUAUAUCAAUAUUGCACUCGAAAUUUAUCGAAAUAAUACUAUUACUAUACUGAAAUAUGUGCAAUAUUGUAAAUCUUACAUAAUAAUUCAUAAUUCAUGCAUGACGAAAACACGAAGAAAAUCACUGACUGUAGUAUAAAGGAGCUUUCAUAUCUACAGGCUGUAUCAAAAUUUAUGACAACUUUAUGUUAGCAUAUAUGGGUAGUUCAGGUUUUCUGGUAUCUCUAUCACCAAAUUACCGUAUUUACUUAUUUAAGCGCCGACCCCGAAUGAGCGGCACCCCUGAUUAAACAGCAUAUAUUAUGACAGGAAAAUUAUUAAAGUGCGCCGCCCUCGAAUAAAUGCCGCACUUUAUUCACAACAGCACAGCGCUUAAUCGAAAAACCGUCUGGAAAAUUGUUGGUGAUGCCCAACCGUGAAAAGAAAAAAAAGCCUUUGGUACGAAGAUGCAACCUUUAACAAGCCUUGGAACAUUUUUCUCCUGCUUUUCUGUGUUUUGGUGCCAAUAUUUUGUUGCUAAUAUAUUAACUACUCGAAGACAGAUACAUGCAGAAGACCCCAAACUACUUGACUACUAACAUAAAGUUGCUACAAAUUUUGCGGAAUUUUCAGUUUAGUGGACAUUUUAGAGCUGUGCAAUUUUUUAAGUUAAAGUUCAUGAGCACCCCCUCAAAAAAUUCUACAAAAAAUAUAUGUUGUAGUACUAGUUGCGUAAGAUAAGUGAGCAGAUAUUCAAACUCCUACCUCAAAUUGACCAACCGAGUGUCUAUAUUCGUUGACAAAAUCAUAAACAAAUUUAACCUCGCUCAUUUUGUCCUUACCUUUUUAAAGCGCUGGAGCCGCAACUAUAGUUGGUAGAAUCCCACAGAUAUAGGGAUAGUUAAUCACAGUAGAUAUGCAUUUGACUGCAAAAGGGCAUUUCCGUUAUUGCAUGUGUCAUUUCAGUUUUAAUGGGCAUUCCAAAAUGACUUCAUUUCGAUCUUUGAAUGAUUUAUCUUACCAAAUGGCAAUUUUGAAAUCAGACAAGUUGCAUCAUUAAUUAAAUGACUGAAUAGCGCGUUCUUCAACACAAGAACGGAGUGCAGAAGGGUGCCCACCUCACCUAGUAGUGUCUAGCACCCACCUAGAGGAGUCCAGCACACCCAUAAAAACUCUGUUUGACCAUAUAUAUAUAUAUUCUCUGCUUUCGAAUAGCGAUUAGCGGAACUUCUACACUGUCAGCGCAAGUCGAUUUCUUGAAACAAUUUAAUUGAUUUGUGAGCCCACGAGACAAUCACGGAAUACUUUAGUCAAAUAUCAUGGUUAAAUAUGUAAACAUACAGCCACAUUUUCAAAUAUACUGUUUCAAUAAGGGAAUAGUUACUGUACUCAUGUGCUAUAGCAACUGUCCAGUCACGCAUAAGUACGUGAUAAACUGCCGAUAUAAACUUUAUGAUUUAAAAUGUAUCUGAACCGUGAUCGAACCAUAGAUAUAUAUGAGAUAUCUGUGGUCGAACAUGCUGAUUGGACCACCUCAAUGGCUCAAUCAAUGACAAUGCUGGAAAGUAGCGUUGCAGACUGCAGAGGAGAGUGGGCGGCAAGGCUGGGCCAUUUUGACUAUAUAACUGGGAGGGCGGAGGGCAAAGAAAAAUGGAAUUUGGAAGGGAGGUUUCUGAAAUUUGCUUAUGUCCCGUCUCGCGGGUGUGGAGGCCCUUGCUUGCGAGGUUGCCGUCUCUUAUCUUCAAAUGAUUCAAUGUCAUUUUAAAAUGCUAAACAUUGUGUUGUAAAUACCUUGGAUUUUACAGUGCGUCUACAGUAAGUGGGGCCACUUAGAGAACACUAACCAAUCGCAUUGCAGAACAGAAAUUGAAAAAAUGAACAAACGGCGCAUUAGCCAAUCAGCAUUAGGCCAAAAACAAUUUGAACAAAUAAACGAAUGUCUAACGGUAAAAAUAGACUUGUAAAAGUAAACACUGCAGUUAAUGGCUUCCUGAAUCUUUCUUUUGAUUGGACGAGCUUUAGUUCGAUUAGAUUUUUCUUUUUCUUCUGCAAUGCGAUUGGUUACUGUUCUCUAAGUGGCCCUACUUACAGUAGACGCACUGUAAGAACUUUCAAGUGGAUAGCCCCAUAUACCUUAUAGAUUUGAGUGGUUGGAAGGCUAAGCUAAACAAGUUUGUGAUUGUGUUGUGGUGUUUACAUGAACAUACCAUGCAAGAACUCAACUACAGUAUAAUGUAAUGCUGUAUAUCCAAAAAGGUAAAAAUAUUUCCGGGAGUUAACGUACCGUAAUUUGUUAAAUUUUUCGGUAAUGUUUUCGUAAAUGUAUCAAAAUUCUUGCUAUAACUAUUACUUUUUAAUCCUUUUAAUCCGAGCCAUUCGAAUAUUUUCGCUGACAACGAAAACAAUUUGCUGACAAAUCCGUUAUUUUGCCGACAAAUCCGUUAUUUUGCCAACAAAUCCGUUAUUUUUCCGACAAAUCCGUUAUUUUGCCUUUGCCAACAAGGGGGUCACACCUACACACACCCUCCUAGCGACGGCUCUGGAGGUUACUCUGUUAGGCAUGUACCUUACAGAAAUACCAUUACAACAUAUAUUUUUUGUAGAAUUUUCUGAGGGAGUGAGAUUCAGACCUCUGUUUCACUUGAAAUGGAAUGACCCAUUUGGCUUAACAGGACUUUCAUGUUUAUGUAGCUUUCUGCAGUGGUUUCGGUUCUUAACACCAGUCAAGAAUGCUAAAAAUGCAAACGAGAACUAUAAAAGGACGGCUAUUCUUGUUAUCAAAUUUUUGAAUGAAAUGCAAGAUGUUCAGAUCGAGGAAUUAUGUGCAAAGGAAAUGGACGGAGGAGGAAAGAAGGAAUGUAAUUUAAGUUGCUUAAAUAUUGCACCAAUCGAUUGUAUCGCAUUAUUUCAAUUUCUAGUCCGAAUUGGAAAUUUAAACAAGCUUAAUCUCAUGUACAAUCAAAUUUCUUAUCUUGGUUGCCUAGGUCUUGCAAAGCUGAUCGAUAAAAAUGUCAACCUUACCAGUUUAAAUCUGACUAACACUUCACUAGGCGAUAAAGGUAUUAAGAUAAUAUGUCAUAAUUUAAAUAAUAGAAUCCGUAGACCAAUCAAUUUGUUCCUGAACUCAAACAAAAUAACCGCUAAGGGUAUAAAAAGUGUCUGUGAUGUAAUUGUGAGAAGAAAGUUAAAUCUAACCAAUUUAUCCUUUAGGGGAAAUAAAAUGACGGUUGACGGUGCCGAAGCCUUUAGCACAGCAUUAACUCAUAGUAAUUGCAUGAUUACUGAACUAAAUUUAGGUGGAAAUGAAUUAAAAAGUGCAGGUGUAAACGCACUUUGCCAAGCACUACAACAUGGCAACUGUAAACUUCUCAAUUUAAACCUCAGUAAUAAUAGCAUCAAAUAUGAAGAUAUAAAAAGCCUCUGUGAUGUACUUAAAAUAGGGAGAUGUAGGCUAACUACUCUAUAUCUUAACGGGAAUAACUUAACCGUUCACGAAAUUGAACCACUAGUGGAUGCAUUAAGGAAUAAAAAUUGCACAUUAAAAAAAUUAGAUCUUUCAAAUAACCAGCUAGGCGAUGCAGGUGCUGAGAGUCUAUCGCACGCCCUCACAGAUGAGAACAGCUGUAAACUCGUGCAACUAGUUAUCGGUAAUAAUGAAAUCAAUGAUCGUGGUUUUGAAAUUCUCUUCCGUGCAUUAAAGAAUGGGAACUGUCAACUCACUGAACUAAAUCUUUACUCGAGCAAGUUAGGCGAUACGGGCGUGGAACAUCUUUGCGAUGCAAUAAAGGAUGAAAAUUGCAAACUAACUACUCUGGACCUUUCCUUUAACGAGAUACGUCAAAUGGGCGUACACCAUCUCUGUGAUGCAUUGAAACACAAAAAUUGUAAACUUACCAACUUACAGCUUGUCGGCAAUAAUAUGACAAGUCAAGAUAGUCAAAAUCUGGGGAAGUCAAAGAAGCAUCGUCGUGGCCUACCGCUGAUUUUUUUAGAAGCUUACUAGUGCAGACAUGCACAGUGCUUAUUGAAAACUACUGAUAUUGACCUUAUCUACAUAUAGCAAUGAAAUAAAAUAAAACGUGAACAAUUUGUUUUCGUACGAGAAACCAGAUUAGCUUAUUAAAAUUGUACAUUAAUUCCAACGUACGUAUCCUUGGAAUGAGAUAUAAAGUUAAUCUAUAUGAAUUAUAUAGCACUUAAGAGUUUUUUAA